CUUUACUUAAUGUAUUAACUAUAUAUUUAAAUCUAGAAAAAUAUGUGUUGCAGUUAACCAAAAAUUGUUGUAUUGUUCAUGGCCUUUCCGAAUUUAAAAGGUGUAUCAUCUAUUAGUUUUCAAAUCGCAGGUCAAUUAUUAUUGUCUUACAUCUAGAUCUAGAUCUAGCUCUAGAUAAACAGAGAAUGAGAGAGUGAAAUUAUGUGUUGAAUGACACGUUAAUGCUUCCGGUUUUCAUUCAACCAAUCGAAUUAGCCCAAGUUGUAUAGUAUACCGGUUUCAUUCCUUUAUAAAAUCUACACUUGAUCUGACACUAGACUCUGGAUCUGUAUCUAGAUCUAGUCAGGAUCUAUAUAAAGCACCACACUGAAUUUUAAAAGGCGUUUACAUUCACUAGCUUUAAAAGUCACAAUGGGCUUUAUUGUAGCUGGUGUUGUUUUAUUUGCCAUUUCAAGUGUUGUUUCUAGUGCUGACAAAGGACCCAAAGUCACAGAUAAGGUUUACUUUGAUGUUGCUAUUGGUGGAGAAAAUAUUGGAAGAAUUGAAAUUGGCUUGUUUGGUAAAACUGUCCCUGAAACCGUCAAAAACUUUAAAGCACUAGCAGUUGGUGAUCAAGUGGCUAAAGAUGGAACCAAAUUGUCUUAUAAGGGCAGCAAAUUUCAUCGUGUAAUCAAAGACUUUAUGAUUCAAGGUGGUGAUUUCACACGAGGAGAUGGUACCGGAGGUCUGAGCAUUUUCGGUGAACGCUUUAAAGAUGAAAACUUCAAACUGAAACACUAUGGUGCUGGUUGGUUGUCUAUGGCUAAUGCUGGUAAAGAUACAAAUGGUUCACAGUUUUUUAUCACUGUCAAAAAGACUGAAUGGUUAGAUGGUCGCCAUGUGGUGUUUGGAAAAGUUGUCAAAGGAAUGAAUGUUGUGAGAAAAAUAGAAGCAACAGCCACAGAUGGUAGAGACAAGCCUACAAAAGAUGUUGUCAUUGUAGACUGUGGUGUCUUAGAAGUGGAUUCUCCAUUUAUUGUAGAAAGAGGAGAUGCAAUAGAAUAAUUCUGUGGCAAUAUUUCUAAUGUUUAUAGAUGUAGAUCUUUCGUCUGCCUUAAGUUCAUAUUAUUAUUAUUUUUGUUCAUCUUGUAUGACCAUUCAUUCUUAAGAAUCACUAAUGGUACUGUUAAGUCAAAUAACAUAUCUAAAACGAUUUAUAAAGAAGCAUAACAUUUGGGAUUUGCUGUAUGUUUGUGUACAAUGUAUUUGAGAUAUGCAUUCUCUAAGGUCAACUAUUGUGUAUAUGUGAUGCCUUGAGUAUAAAUGCAGGAAUGAUUUUUGUUAAUAAUUGUUGCCAUACCAAUAAAAAAAUGUAAUAUGUC